AUUGUAAACAAAGAUGCCGGGCGUAAGGUUGAAUCUGGUUGUGGCAGCUUGUAACAAUCGGGGUAUCGGUAUCAACGGCUCACUUCCAUGGCGAAAAAGUCUAAAAAAAGACAUGGAAGUGUUCAAGAGGAUUACAACAGAAACCAAAGAUCCAGAUAAGAACAAUGUAGUUAUAAUGGGACGGAAGACAUGGAUGUCCAUCAAAGAGAAAUACCGACCUCUACCUAGGAGGAUAAACAUAAUACUGAGUCGGACGAUGAAGGAAACGCCGACCGGUACAUAUAUAGCAAAGAGUUUAGAGGAUGCUAUCUCCAUGGUAUCAGGAAAAGGCGAUCUGAGAGACAAAGUGGAAAGUCUGUAUGUUAUAGGAGGAAGCUCUGUCUACAAAGAAGCCAUGGAUUACCCUUCCUGCCGUGUAUACCUGACCAGGGUGUUGGCAGACUUUGACUGUGAUACAUAUUUUCCAGAGUUUGACUCGCAGAAAUUUAUAAAGUUACAAAGCUGUGAAGAAGUACCAGCAGGGCGUAUGACGGAGAAUGGUGUUGAUUUUGAAUUCGAAGUUUAUGACAAGAACAAAGAGGGAAAUUAAUUGUGGUCUGAGGCCUGCAUAGAACGCACCUUUCCGAUGUAAACAUUCGCGCCUGGACCUAAAAUUAGAAACAUCACGAACUUUUAACAUUUCCUGUGCAGUUGUGUGUAUUUUACCUAUAUGCAGAUGACAUUUCACGUACUUUCUGUGAGUUUUUAAUUAAUGACAGCUUCAUUUUAGUAACUACACCCCCAAUACACCUCAUUUCGAUGAUCGUUUCUAUUGCGGACCAUUGUCUCUGAUCACACUGGACAUGUUUGUCGAGAAAACAUGUUGGUAUUUGUGUUUGCUACACAUUUCUAGUAUACGCUUUGAGGUCACUUUAAAGUUUCAGAUGUGUACUAGCACUGUUUAUGAAGAUAAACGGUUUUGUGCUAUAUUUUGGUAUAACUUUUAGGGUAAAAACUGUAAUACUGUUAACCGCAGUUUUGCUCAUUUUACUAUUUACAUGUACUGUACAAAGUCAGAGGCUAUAUUUUCCAAUAGUACAUAGUGUGAUAUGACAUGUUAAAUGACUGGCCACAUAGCAAAUGUAGAUUAUUUUGUAAAAUUGUGCUUAAAAAAUCAUGAUUAUUAUUUGAAUUAAUAACAAAAUCUUCUAAAAUUUCACAUUUUCUGUCAAAAAUCUUUUCUAUAUGCAACAAAGCAGGUGCUGUUGUUAUAAGCUGGGCAUCAAGUGUAAUGUAUGUAUCUUGUGAUGUACUGUAGUGGUUUAAAUUAAUUUUAAUUCAAAAUUUGAAAGAAAACAAUACGAUAUUGUUCCCCCCUCCCAAAUAUUUGAAUUUCACUCAAUGUGAUAUAGUGUAUACAUUCUAAUUCACAAUAUUUCAACACAUUUUUCUCAGAACAGGUUUUUCCUUUAUUAUUUCCUUCGUUCUAUGUAAGCAAAUGGUUUAAAUAUGUUUUUUGGCAUUUUAAACACAGAUCAUUGAAGAUUUGGUAUUCAUGCAAAAACAGAUGAUAGGAUUUUGCCCUGUCCAAGGACAUGAUCUCACAGAAGGACACAUAAUGUAGAUAUACAGUGAAAUUUUACAUCAGACUUGUGAAACUUUAAUUGAUAAUUAAACAUUUCCUCUGUCACAAAGGGAAUUUGUUCAAUUUUGACCUUUGUUUUAAAGUAUUCAUGAGUUUAAAUAGGUUCAAAGUUUGUCUGUCACGCCACUCCAGAUUUGGGUCUGAAAAUUAGUCAAGUAUGAGGCAUACCUAUGCACAUUAAACUCCUGUAAUUUCCAUACUUGUGCAAAUAUAUUAAUUGUCUUUGCAUAUUUGAGUACAGCUUUAGUAUCACUUUAUAUAAUUGAAGUAAGGAUUUUAGAAAAAUGAAUUUAACUUCACAUUUUAAGCAUUUAAAUGAAAUUUUUCCUUAAAAAAUUGUAAAAUCCCAUUUUAAUUUUCAAAAAAAUCAUUGAAAACUUGAAUUUAUGCCAAAAAUUUAAAUGGUGAGAUGUUGUGUAACUUCCCAGAAUUACUUAACAUGAAAAUUCAGUCACAUUACUUGGUGCCAGUACAAGUUAUGCUCUCUUUAAUACUCUGAGGUAGACUUCCAGAACAGUGUACCCCCAGGGGACCCUUGACCACUUGACCACUAAUUACCUGAUUACUACUAAGUGACCCCCAAGUGUGUCUAUGUAAAUAUUAUCUUUAAAAACUGGUCUUUCAGAAUGCAAAAAGUUAGACAGGCUGAGACAUCAAAUAAAAAAGUUAUUUACUAAUAUAUACAAAAA